AUGGGGGUGGGCUCAAAGGGGGCAGCCGGAGGUGAGGACGAGGCGGGGCGCAGGCGGAGUGGGGUGGUGGCGGGGAUGGAGGAGGACGCGCGGACUAGGGUCUACGAUGCGGGGUUGCGGCUCGGUGGAGUGGAAGGGGGCCCGGGGAAUCCGGCUGGAGGCCAGAUCGACCUGGCAGGCGGGCCGACCGGUCAAGGAGCGGGCAGGGGCUGGGUGGGCCAGCUCAGGAACGGGGCAGCCCACGCGCCAAUCGCUGGUCCAAGCCGCGGACGGCCCAUCUGGGGUCGGCCCAGCCAGCGAGACGGGGAGGGGGCAGCGAGGGUUUCCCCUCCCGCCGCCUCCGCCGCCGCGGCCGGCACCGGCGUCCGGGACGGGGUGGGUGUAGGUCGAGGCUGCCGGGGUGCGAGGCGGGGCGAGUAG